AUGCCGGUUACUCAGUUUAAACACCCCGAUCCAUACAAAUACCAGAAUGGCUUCGACUCUUAUCAUGAAACCGAAGCCAUCGAAGGCGCCCUUCCAAUAGGACACAACUCCCCUCAAAAAGCGCCAUAUGGCCUCUACGCCGAAAAACUCUCCGGAACAGCCUUUACCGCUCCCCGACAUGAGAACAAACAGACCUGGGUCUACAGAAUCAUCCCCGCAGCAUCCCACGAGAACUUCAACGCUGAGGAAACAGAUACAUACCACACGCGCAUGACAACCGAAACUCACAAGCUGCACCAUAUCCCCAACCAGUUGCGGUGGAAUCCGUUUGAUCUGGACGAGAAGGUUGACUGGGUUCAUGGUUUGCAUCUUGUGGCAGGCGCAGGAGAUCCUACCUUGAAACAUGGUCUUGGGAUUCUGCUGUACGCCGCUGGAAAGGACAUGGGCAAGGAGGCGUUUUACUCGGCUGAUGGAGACUUUUUAAUUGUUCCCCAGCAUGGCGUGUUGGAUAUUCAGACAGAGCUGGGAAGACUCGUCGUCCGUCCGAAUGAGAUCUGCGUGAUUCCUCGUGGUGUGAGAUAUCGCGUGACUCUUCCCGAUGGUCCUGUGAGAGGAUAUAUCUGCGAGCUUUACCAGGGCCACUUCCAGCUUCCCGAGCUGGGCCCAAUUGGUUCCAACUGUCUAGCCAACGCACGAGACUUCCAGGCUCCUGUGGCUUCCUUUGAGGACGAUGAGUCUGAGUACCAUCUGUAUAGCAAGUUCGCAAACACUCUCUUCUCCGCCCGUCAGGACCACUCUCCGUUUGAUAUCGUUGCUUGGCACGGCAACUACUAUCCCUACAAGUAUGACUUGGGACGAUUCAACACCAUUGGUUCGGUUUCUUUUGACCAUCCCGAUCCGUCGAUCUACACCGUCCUCACUGGCCCGUCGGACCACGUUGGUACAGCGAUCGCGGACUUCGUGAUCUUCCCUCCCCGCUGGCUCGUGCAAGAAGACACCUUCCGUCCCCCAUGGUACCAUCGUAACACCAUGUCUGAAUUCAUGGGACUGAUUGCCGGAAACUACGAUGCAAAGACUGGUGGUGGCUUCCAGCCGGCUGGCGCCAGUCUGCACAAUGUCAUGAGUGCCCAUGGUCCGGACAUGAGUGCUUUCGAGGGGGCGAGCAAUGCGGAUUUGAAGCCUCAGAAGAUUGGAGAGGGAAGUAUGGCAUUCAUGUUUGAGAGUUCGCUCAUGGUCGGUGUAUCUGAAUGGGGUCUGAAGACUUGCGAAAAGGUGCAAGAAGAGUACAACGAUCACAGUUGGCGUCCACUCAAGAGACAUUUCAAGGAUCCUCGCAAGGCAUGA